CUUCACCUUGUCCAUAAUAUCCUCCGGUCGCUACCUCGCUCCGUGCGACUCUCGCUCCUGCCCUCGACGCGUUCCUACCUGCGACAGGCCAGCUUCCGGUAGCACCUUCGCGCCUGCGUCCUGCUCCUUGAACCGAUACGACUCGAUCGCCGAAUCCUCCUUCCCCAACCUUCGCGAUGCCGCUCUGUGGUGGAACAAAGUCCGUGCAGCGCAAGCUGGUGCUUCUUGGUGACGGCGCAUGCGGAAAGACCUCACUUCUGAACGUUUUUACAAGAGGGUACUUCCCUACAGUAUAUGAACCUACUGUAUUUGAAAACUACGUUCACGACAUCUUUAUCGACAACACACAUGUGGAGCUCAGUCUGUGGGACACUGCCGGACAGGAGGAAUUCGACCGCCUACGAUCUCUCUCCUACGAUGAUACUCAUGCGAUAAUGCUGUGCUUUAGCGUCGACUCGCCUGAUUCUUUGGAGAACGUGGAGACAAAAUGGGUUGGUGAAAUAGCGGAGAACUGCCCAGGGGUUAAGCUCGUCCUCGUUGCACUGAAAUGUGAUUUGCGGAAGCGGGAAGACGACGAGGAAGGCCAACCCGAGAAGCCAAUGAUCAACUACGAUGAGGGUCUGAAAGUUGCCGAAAGAAUCAAGGCACUACGAUAUCUUGAGUGCUCCGCAAUGAAAAACCGGGGUGUUAACGAGGCAUUCACCGAAGCUGCUCGUGUUGCCCUCACAGUCAAGACGGCUAAGGACAAAAGCUCCAGCUGCGUUAUCUUGUGAUUUUGUUUACAUGCCUGUUCUUAGGCAUAUUUCCUUUCUAUUCUUACUUUAGCCUUCUUUAUAUCCCUUCAUUGUAGUGCAAUGCUUUUCUUAUGUUAGAGGCUGGAAGCCACCGCUUGGGCAGUUUUUGUAUGACAGGGAGUCUUCGGUUUGACAGGUUCAUGAUCCUUUUCUUUCGUUUUCUGAGCCUGCAGGGAACCUUAUCUCACGGUGUUAUAUUCCUCCUUUUACUGUGUAUAAGAAUUUUAGCCCUCGGGCCACCCCGGAUGACCGUCCAAGAAGGUGUUUUUCCGACACCACAUUAGUCACCUGAAGCAAUUGGACCCUUGCCAAAGGGUAGAGAAAAUACAUAUCAUUAUUUUU